AAAAAAAGUUGCGCUAAAACUGGGACUGGCUAAAGACCAUAGAUUAAACCUUUACUUCAUCGUAAAGCCCCAUAUCAAGCGUCAUGUCUUCAACCGCUCAGAAUGAAAACAAUGCUGAACAUAAUAUUGAGAUCUGGAAGAUCAAGCGACUCAUCAAGAGUCUAGAAGCUGCAAGAGGCAACGGCACAUCUAUGAUUUCAUUGAUUAUUCCUCCAAAGGAUCAAAUUUCUCGCGUCGCCAAAAUGUUGGCCGAUGAAUACGGAACAGCAUCCAACAUCAAAUCCCGUGUCAACAGAUCGUCUGUGUUAGGUGCUAUUACAUCUACCCAACAAAGACUCAAGCUGUACAACAAGGCUCCUCCAAAUGGUUUGGUUGUGUAUUGCGGUACCAUCGUCACUGAUGAAGGCAAAGAAAAGCGUGUCAACAUUGAUUUCGAACCUCACAAGCCUAUCAAUACAUCGUUGUAUCUUUGCGACAACAAGUUCCACACCGAAGCUUUGUCAGAGCUUCUUGAGUCGGAUGCUAAGUUCGGCUUCAUUAUUAUGGAUGGUAACGGUGCUCUUUUCGGCACCUUGUCGGGUAAUACCCGUGAAAUUAUACACAAGAUGCAGGUCGAUCUUCCCAAGAAGCACGGAAGAGGUGGUCAGUCUGCUGUUCGUUUUGCCCGUCUUAGAGAAGAAAAGCGUCACAACUACGUUCGUAAGGUUGCCGAACUUUCUGUCUCCUUCUUUAUUAGUAACGACAAGGUCAACGUCGCUGGCUUGGUUCUUGCUGGUUCCGCUGAUUUCAAGACCGAAUUGGGUCAAUCCGACAUGUUGGAUCAACGUCUCCAAAGCAAGAUCAUCAAGGUUGUUGACGUUUCAUAUGGUGGAGAGAACGGUUUUAACCAGGCAAUUGAGUUGUCUGCUGAAUCUUUGUCCAACGUCAAAUUCAUUCAAGAGAAGAAGCUCAUUCAACAAUACUUUGACGAAAUUUCCCAAGAUACCGGCAAGUUCUGUUUCGGUAUUGAAGAUACUUUGAAGGCGCUUGAACUCGGUGCCGUUGAGACCCUUAUUGUUUGGGAAAGCUUGGAUCUUACCCGUUAUGUUCUCCGUGACUCUGAAGGUGCCGAACAUGUCAUUCACCCUAACAAGGAGCAAGAGAAGGACCGAACCAUCUUCCUUGAUCCUGCCGUCCCCAACACUGAAAUGGAGAUCGUUGACACCAAGCCAUUGUUGGAAUGGUUCACUGAGCGAUACAAGGACUUUGGUGCCACCUUGGAAUUCGUUACCAACCGUUCUCAAGAAGGUGCUCAGUUCGUUAAAGGCUUUGGUGGUAUUGGAGGUCUUCUCCGAUACAAGGUUAACUUUGAGCAGCUCAACUAUGAUUCUGAAGACGAAUUCUUUUCAGACUAGAGUAUCCUGUUUGUGUAAUUUGUCAAAUUUGUUAUUAUCAUCCCCACUUGUAGAGUUCCGUCGCCUUUUUGUCCCCGUAUUCCUCUUCAUCCCUGUCCAUUAUUUUUUUUUUCUUCUUAAGUUCUUUCUUCAAUAAUCUGAACAGAGAAACAAAAAAGUGAAAAGAAAUUAUUUCUGCCAUAUAUUCGA